AAAAAAAAUCCCACCAGUUGCAGAGUAGAGCAAAGCUUCUACUUCGUCCCCAUCCAUGGCCGGAGCUCUGAGCAUAGCACCGGCUCCUGUCUUGAAGGCAGUCCCGCGCUGCCGGAAGUCCAUAAAAGCCAUGGUCUCCGUCAGAGCUUCGAGUGAGUCGUCGGACGCUCCGAGCUCCAGCUCCACGACCACCAGGGAAGCCCCCAAAACCCCGGACCUGUCGGUGACCUUCUCUCCUCCGCCUAACUUCAAGCCGCCCGAGCCGAAACGCUUUGGUGUGCGGUCGGACAAGCUCCUUGACGUGCUGGGGGCGUCUCUGGCCCUGAUUUUCAGGCUGGGGACUGGCGUUUUUGUCUCCGGGUACUCUGCAUCUUUUGCUUCUGAAAACGAGAUUCCACCUGGCCAAUACGCAUUAGAUCUUGCUGGUGCCAAGAUCAAGGAGACUUCAAGGAUUGGUCCUCGCCCAGAGAAGCCGAUCGAAAUCUAUGAGUUCGAGAGCUGCCCUUUCUGCCGCAAGGUUAGGGAAAUAGUUGCAAUUUUGGACCUCGAUGUUCUCUUCUAUCCCUGUCCAAGAAAUGGUCCCAAUUUCCGUCCCAAGGUUGUCCAAAUGGGUGGAAAACAACAGUAUCCUUACAUGGUGGAUCCGAACACAGGAGUUGCAAUGUACGAGUCAGAUGAGAUAAUAAAGUACUUGGUAACAAAAUAUGGUGAUGGCAACGUUCCUUUUAUGCUGUCACUCGGUCUUCUCACGACACUAACUGAAGGCUUUGCUAUGAUUGGUCGUAUGGGAAGGGGAUCGUCUUACAGACCAUCAAAGUUGCCACCUAAACCACUUGAAAUAUGGGCAUAUGAGGGUUCUCCAUUUUGCAAGCUUGUACGAGAAGUAUUGGUGGAGUUGGAAUUACCCCAUCUCGUCCGCUGUUGUGCGCGUGGGAGUCCAAAAAGACAGAUGCUCUACGAAAAGGCUGGGUGUUUCCAGGUUCCUUAUCUUGUAGAUCCAAACACAGGAGUACAAAUGUUUGAAAGUGCCGAAAUUGUGGAGUAUCUUCAAGCAACUUACGCUCUCUAGCAAGGGAAGCCAUUUGUCAGCUGCAUCAUCUACUACCUUUCUCCUAGUAAGGCAAAUAUAGGAAUCGUGUGUUAGAUAAAAGGUUUUUCAAUAUACAUAAUCCCUUUCAUUAGAAUGAGAGUUUGGUCAGUUCUCGUAAGGUUCCCACUUAUAGAUCUCACUCGAGUUUUCCAAUCGUUCCACAUGCACAGGCCUUGUAUAUCUUGCAGUAAUAUGCUAUAACUAGCUUUGUAUUGGACACUGAUUGUAUGGUCCAGGACAUCAAAUUGUGCUCGAGUUUUGGCAAGAGAGAUGUUUGUCAAGCACUCCCAGUACUAUCUGGUGCGGGUCUACAUAGCUUACCCGAGCACCGCCUAGGCCACACCUGGUGAUAAAAAUGUGCGGAAGAGAUGAGAGUCACUAGAAGUGGAGAAGUGGGCUGCAUACGGUCCUUAAAUAGUGGGCAAUGUGCUGAAAUCUUGUCUGAGAAUCUUUCCACUCCCUGCAAUGUGUUUGUGAAGCUCAAAACAAAAGAGUGGGCAAAUGAUGCCUGUCCCCUUCCCUUCUUUCUCCGGCCAAAUUAAGUGGCAGUGGCAACUGGCAAUUGCUAUGUCAAGGAUAAGGCAUCUUUAUUAUUAUGUGCGUCUGCUCUCUUCUCACCUUUUUUCUGGUC